UGAACCAUUCGCUACUUUCCCACUUACCAAGUAUACACAUAGCAAAAAGAGACUAAAAGGAGCUUAAGCUGUUGGACUUGUACUCUUGUCUUUAAUGGCUUUUAAUAAUGUAUCCCGGGCAGUGGCGAUGAGUUUCUUCUUGUUGAUACCAGUGAUAAGCUUCAAAUAUUCCAAGGCUCAAAUGGUGCCAGCGCUGUUCGUUUUUGGUGACUCUCUAGUAGAUGUUGGCAACAACAAUUACCUUCCAUUUUCCAUUGCCAAAGCAGAUUUUCCUAAUAAUGGGAUCGACUACCCCGCCAGAAUACCAACUGGGAGGUUUAGUAAUGGCAAAGUUAUUGCAGAUUUUCUAGCUGAGAAAGUGGGCUUGCCUACUUCUCCACCAUACUUGUCUUUCUUAUCCAACAACAACAAAAGACCGUUCCUGACUGGCGUAAACUUUGCCUCUGGAGCUUCAGGAAUCCUCAAUUCUACAGGUCAAUCCCUUGGUAUGGUAAUCCCUUUGACAAAACAAGUGGACUACUAUGCAUCUGUUCAUAAAGAUUUGCUGGAAAAGCUGGGGUCCUCUGGAGCACAAAAUUACUUGUCCAAGUCUCUCUUUGCUAUCGAUACUGGCAGCAAUGAUGUCUUAAGUUAUUCUGAUUCAUCUGAUCUCCGCGAGAAGAGCACCCCACAGCAAUACGUGGGUUUGAUGAUUCGCACACUGAAAUCACAAAUGAAGAGAUUAUACAUUUAUGGUGCACGUAAAUUUCUGAUCCCUGGGGUGGCGAGUGUGGGAUGUGCUCCAUCGCGAAGGAUUGAGAAUAGAGCAGGAGAAUGCAACGAAGAACUAAAUGCUUUGUCUAUUAAGUAUAAUGAAGGCCUUAAGUCAAUGUUACUGAAGUUAAAAUCAAAGCUUAAGGACAUAAAUUACUCCUACUUUGAUGCUUACAGUUUCACGCAGAACAUCAUCCAGAAACCAGCUGCUUAUGGAUUUUCUGAGGUUAAAGCUGCUUGCUGUGGUCUCGGGAGGCUGAAUGCCGAUGUCCCCUGCAUUCCAAUUUCAACCUAUUGCUCCAAUAGAAGCAAUCAUGUGUUUUGGGAUAUAGUUCAUCCAACGGAGGCAACAGCUCGCCUUGUUGUGAAUACGAUCUUCGACGGUCCAUCACGGUGCACCCGUUGUCCGAUACAGUGGGAUGAUUUUUUUUUCUUUGUUUAAUUAAAUAAAUUACUAUAAAUUUUAUAAAAAUAACAAAAUUUUCCAUUGAUUAAUUAGGUUAUAAUAUUAUAUUCUUAAUAAUUGUAAAAUUUUAUUAAUAAUUAAAAUAAAUAUAAGGACUUUGAGAUUGAAGAUGUUUUAUAGGUUGAUCAUGUUAUAAAUUGUAAAGGUGAAAAUCACAUUGUUAAGUAGCAUUCAGUUGAAAUAAGAUCUCUAGUUAUUACAGUAA